GCCGUGUCGUGUUCGAGGACCAGCCGCCGGUCAAGGGCUGCGUGAUCCUCCUGCAGUAUCUGCUCAACCAAAGCACCGAGAAGCCGCCGGGCCGCCGCCGCCUCCAGCCUUUAGAGGAAGAGGAGCAGAAUGCCGUGCCCACAACGCCAGCCACAGCGCCGCCCGAUAGCGAGGGAGAGGACGGCGAGCAGACAAAGGAAGAGCGCCCUGGCGAGACCGACGGUCUCGAGCUCGAGAAGAAGCUCACGGAAUCUGAUCUGAUGAAGGAGAUUGCGGAGGGAUGCUUCUGUUUGCCUAAUGGCGCAACAGUCACUGGAGAGUCUCUGGUACAGGGAUUCGGUUACAUCGUCGACGAGAUCCCGGACGCCGCGUCAGAGUCGCCCAUCGAUCCGUUGCGCACCCGCAAUUUUGGUGGGAACAUUGAGUACCGAUCCGAGUAUCUGGAACGCAAGAACGAAAUCACUCGCGUCCACGAAAUCUAUAUAGCCGAGCAUCCAGAGCUGCAGCAGGUCAUGGCCGACUAUCUCCAACUGGUCCUCCAUCGGAAGCCACAGAAUGUAUACGAGUUUACAGCUGAAUACGUGGAGGCUCUGACCCAAGUGGAGUCGUCGGCUUUCUGACAGGACGCUGUGGUCGGGAUAUCACGAUCUGAAUACACGG